AUGGUGUCCUCAGUCCACCAGUAUUCAAUGAUUGAGACCAGGUUUAGAAAGUGUGUCCAGAAACUGGACCAUGACGAUCAGCUCAACUCCACCUCCUCUACUGUUUUUUUCUCAGACUCCACCUCCUCUACUGUUUUUUUCUCAGACUCCACCUCCUCUACUGGUUUUUUCUCAGACUGCGCCUCCUCUACUGGUUUUUUCUCAGACUCCACCUCCUCUACUGGUUUUUUCUCAGACUCCACCUCCUCUACUGGUUUUUUCUCAGACUCCACCUCCUCUACUGUUUUUUUCUCAGACUCCACCUCCUCUACUGUUUUUUUCUCAGACUCCGCCUCCUCUACUGCUUUUUUCUCAGACUCCACCUCCUCUACUGUUUUCUUCUCAGACUCCACCUCCUCUACUGUUUUUUUCUCAGACUCCACCUCCUCUACUGUUUUUUCCUCAGACUCUGCCUCCUCUACUGUUUUUUUUUCUCAGACUCCACCUCCUCUACUGUUUUUUUUUCUCAGACUCCACCUCCUCUACUGUUUUUUUUUCUCAGACUCCACCUCCUCUACUGUUUUUUUUUCUCAGACUCCACCUCCUCUACUGUUUUUUUUUCUCAGACUCCACCUCCUCUACUGUUUUUUCCUCAGACUCUGCCUCCUCUACUGUUUUCUUCUCAGACUCCACCUCCUCUACUGUUUUUUUUUCUCAGACUCCACCUCCUCUACUGUUUUUUCCUCAGACUCUGCCUCCUCUACUGUUUUUUCCUCAGACUCUGCCUCCUCUACUGUUUUUUCCUCAGACUCUGCCUCCUCUACUGUUUUUUUUUCUCAGACUCCACCUCCUCUACUGUUUUUUGUCAGACUCCACCUCCUCUACUGUUUUUUCCUCAGACUCUGCCUCCUCUACUGUUUUUUCCUCAGACUCUGCCUCCUCUACUGUUUUUUUUUCUCAGACUCCACCUCCUCUACUGUUUUUUGUCAGACUCCACCUCCUCCACUGCUUUUUCUCACACUCUGCCUCAUCCAAUGUUGUUGUCUUAGACUCCACCCCCACUGCUGUUUUUUGCUCAGACUCCACCUCCUUCACUGUUUUUUUUUUCAGACUCCGCCUCAUCCACUGCUGCUUGUCUUUCCUGGAGAAAGUGCUUGGACGAUGCUCUUUUCAAACUGAGCAGAAAUCCUCUUUUUGUUGUCGCUCUGCUUCUUUUGGUGUUUAUGUGUGAGUAGCGUGUUGCCCCCGGCCCACUGCACUUCCCCCUGAACACUUACAGAGUGAUUAGCCAUGUCCUGAAUAAUGCAUGCUGGGACGCCGGAGGAAGAGACGACUCUCUGUUGACCAGCGAUAAAUCAGCUUUUAUUGGAGCAGCUUUUAAAAGGGCCGCCGUCGAGCUGUGAAUGCACACUGUAUAUCAGCAGAAUCCAGAAAAAGAGGAAGAAGAAGAAGAAGAAGAGGAGGAGGAGGAGGCAGAAGAAGAAAAGGAGGAGGAGGAAGAAGAAGGAGGAGAGGAGGAGGAAGAGAAGAAGAAGGAGAGGAGGAAGAAGGAAGUGGAAGAGGAAGAAGGAGAGGAUGGAAAAGAAGAAGAAGAAGAAGAAGAAGAAAAAGGAGAUGAGUAGGAAGAAGAAGGAGCGGAAGAAGGAAUGGGAGGAGGAAGAAGAAAAAGGAGAAGGAGAGGAUGGAGAAGCAGAAGAAGAAGACAAAGAAAAAAGGAGAGGAAUUUAUCUGAUUUGUCAGAGAAAUAAAUUGUAAUAAUAUUAA